AUGGAAGGAGUGCUCAUCAAACAAGGAGCAGAAGCUCGAGUUUACAAGAUCCCCUUCCUCAACCAUUCAGACGCUAUAGUCAAGGAACGCUUUGCUAAAUCAUACAGGCAUCCUCUACUCGAUCAAAAGAUCACAGCUAGACGUGUUGUUCAGGAAGCCAGAAGUCUAGUGCGAUGCUGCAAAGCCGGAAUCGACACACCAACACUCUACUUGAUUGAUGUACCAAAGAGCUUACUCUACAUGGAAUAUAUUGAUGGACAAAGUGUACGUGAUUUCAUCCACCAGGGUGGUUUACAAAAUGAGCAAGCCGCCAGUCGCCUAUCUCAACAAAUCGGAUGGAAUGUAGCAUCGAUUCAUGAUUUGGAUUUGAUACAUGGAGACUUGACAACUUCAAACAUGAUGAUUCGGCCACAGACUCAAUCUGUGGUCAUGAUUGACUUUGGUCUCAGUUACCAAUCUACAGAUGUUGAAGACAAGGCUGUGGACUUGUAUGUGCUAGAACGCGCAUUUUCAAGUACACAUCCGAAUACGGAGGCUUUUUUUGAAACUAUACUGGAGAACUACAAAGAUAGAGUCAGAGAUGGCAAAUCCAUAAUAACAAGGCUUAAUGAUGUGCGGAAACGUGGUCGAAAGAGGACUGCUUUUGGUUGA